GCUCGAUCCCGUGGAACUCAAAGAUGGCCCUGGCCCGAGCUUGAAUCCCGCGCGAGACCUUGUGCUCCAUCUCGGGCUUGUCGUGGAUGUUGCUCUCUUGGCUUCCGCUGCGCUAGUCCGAAAUCAGCUUUCACCUUCUUGCCUCUCUCUCUUGCUUCCUCGUCUCUUUCCCGCAUGUACACGCAUGCAUGCAAGCGGGCCCAGAGCCUCACCGUUUCGCCCUCCGUCACCAGCCUCCUCUGCUUCGCCUCACUUUUGCACCAUUUAUGCGCUCUUUCAGGUCGACUGUCUCGCCAAAGAGGAGGUACAGCAGCAGAAAUGGAAGCAGACGGCCCUGCGCUCGCUGUCCCACCCGGGCGUCUACAGUCAGCCCUGCGGCCUGAUCGGCAGCACGAGCCAACCGGGCCAGUUGGAUCAGCCCGGCCGGCUGACCGCGACGCCGUCGCAAGAGGAUCACUCGGUGUGGAGCCUGGCCGUCCGACGGCCCGGCUCGACGACAUCGCUGGCGAGGCCGCUGAGACCAGUCUCGACCGUGGAGCCGUUCGGGGCGCCGACUCGAGCCGAGGAGGUCUCGGAGAAGCGGGACUCCGAAGCGAUGGUCGACGUGGCUCGUGGCGAGCUCGAGGCCGAGGCCGAGGCGAACCGAUUAGCUCCGCCUCAGUCGACGGAAUACGCCGAACCGGCCGCAUCAGAGCCCCGAAGACGGCCGCCUCGGUCCCCCGGUCCGAGGAAGGAGACGGUUGACGAGACCGCAGCCUCGUCUGGCAGUGAGGAGAAGGAGCUCAUCGAGCUGGCCACUCGGAUGGACCGAUCACCAGCCGGGGCCUCCUCGGGCACCGACAACUUCUCCAUCAUCUUGCCCUCUACGGAGGGCGGCUACUCGACGGACGAAGAGGAGUUCGGCCUCAUCAAGGGAUACAGUAAGUUGUCCUCCGAUUCGCAGUCUGUACAUCUCAUAUUACUGGUUUACUCGUGGUCUCAAAACUCUACCUGCAUACAAAAUAGAAGUAACGUUGUCGAUUGUAAAAGAAAAAAAAUACGCUUUCCUCAUCGACAAUCCCACCGAAUAAUGUGA